AUGGCGUCACCAAAGUUGCAUUCUGUUAUGAUAAUGUUAACUAUUUUCAUAGCCAUGAUUUUGAUGAAUGUGAUGAUUGUAGAAUCAAAAACAUGGUGCCAGGUUAGGAGUAGUGCUACUGGCCCAGCACUGCAAAAUGCUUUAAAUUAUGCAUGUUCAAAUGGAGCUGAUUGUGGACCUAUUCAGCCUGGUGGAAGCUGCUUUAAUCCAAACACACUUCAAAGUCAUGCUUCAUAUGCUUUUGAUAGCUUCUAUCAAAGCAAAGGCCAAAACCCUAGUGCCUGUAAUUUUGGUGGCCUUGCAACCAUUGCCGUAACUGAUCCCAGUUAUGGAAGCUGCAGAUACCCUUGA